UUAAAAAAAAAUUGUAAUAUGAAAAACCUCAAAUUUAGACUAAUGUAAAAUAUACAUUAAAUGGAAUUGAAAAAGAUGGUAUAAGUAAACAAAAAAAGAAACUUGACCCAUGGUUUGGGUCUUUUUUAUUAAGCUUAGGAUCUUUUGGGUGUAAAGAAAGUUCGGGGUAUUUACGUUGAGGCCUUUUGUCGUAUUCGCCCAAAACUUAACCCCUAAGCUGAGUGCCACGUCAUCGAGGUCCCCACCUCGGGGCCCCGCACGUGUCCGCAAGCUGUCGGCUCGUCUCGUCGGGGCGACCUCACGCAACCACUGACCACAAGCUUCCCCCUGACAAGAUCCACGUGGCCACUGGACCCCACCCAAAAUCUACUUCCCACCUUUUCCUUUCUCUCUCUCUCAAAUAUUAACCUUUUUCGCUUUCUUUCGUUUUCUCCUCUCGCAAGUUCCCUGUCCCCCCACGAAUUUAUUAACCCCCUCUUACGUAAGAUCUCCGCCAUGAAAGCCAAGCUCCAACUCAAUCUCAAGCUCGACCUCCUCGGACUCCUCGAACUCCUAGGACUCCUCGAGCCCCGCCGCCGCCGCCGGAGACGAUGAUGAAGAAGAAGCCGCCGUCCCUGUCCUCCUCCCGCGACCUCGACUCCCCCUCCCACCUCUCCGAGUCCCCCCACUCCCCGCUCCGCUUCCACUCCCCUCUCCGCUCCGACCUCGGCGACCCCCGACACCCCUCCCUACUCCUCCCCCGCCGCCUCCCCCACUACCACCACCACCACCACCCCCCGCCGCCGCCGCUCCCGCCGCCGCAGAAGCCCGCCGCCGCCGACCGGUCCCCCUCCCCCCCCCCGCCGGAUGCCCAGAAGCCCCUGCCCACGGCGGCGCCGCCGGGGAAGGAGCCCCCCGGGGAGUCCGGUAGCUGCGCGGAGGAGGAAGAGGAGGAGGAGGAGGAGGAGGAGUCGGGCGCGUCGCCGGCGGGGCCGCCGGUGAUGGUGAUCAGCAGGGCCGUGCGGGAGGGGGGGCCGGCCCGGGAGUUGAGGCACAGGCGAGGAGGAGCACCGAGGACGGCGGCGAGUAUGAGGAGGCUGAAGGUGUGGGGGAGGUUGAAGCGGGCGGGGCCGUGCUUCAGGGUCGCGGAGGUGGUCCUGUGCAUGGUCUCGUUCUCGGUCAUGGCCGCCGACAAGACCAAAGGGUGGAGCGGCGAUUCCUUCGAUCGCUACAAGGAGUACAGGUACUGCUUGUCGGUGAACGUCAUUGCUUUCGUUUACGCCAGCUUUCAAGCUUUUGAUCUGUUCUUGUACAUGAGCAAGGGCAAGCACGUCAUCCAACACCGAACCCAUUAUUACUUCAAUUUCUUCAUGGAUCAGAUUCUGGCGUAUCUUCUGAUGUCAGCAUCAUCAUCCGCAGCAACCCGCGUCGACGACUGGAAAUCAAAUUGGGGGAGCGAUAAGUUCACGGAGAUGGCCAGUGCUUCCAUCGCCAUGUCCUUCUUGGCCUUCAUGGCUUUCGCCAUCAGCUCCCUCAUUUCCAGCUACAGCCUGUUCAUCCGUUUAUAAUGAUCUGGGAAAGCUCGAUACAUACUGCUGGUUCUCCAAGCUACAGGGGAUUAGUCAUAUAGGAAAUUCUUUUUUACCCGACAUUACGAAAUUAAGCAUAUCAUUUGAUUUUUGUACAGGGAGAAAUAAGUGCUAGCGGCUCAGAUCCUUUCUACCCCGUUGAAUGGGAAGCAUGUAGAUGUAGGGUACCAUAAAAGCAGCUGGAUGUGGCUAAUGCAUGUAUACUGUUCUGUAUACUGAAUCAAUAAGCAGCCAUCCUUUUCUUCCUGCUCAAAAUAAGAGAUCUUUUGCCUUGUACA